AGUAAUUGUGUAACGUAUUCAACUUGUACUAGUAGACUACUCGACUUUUAUGGAAUUAAGGAGACGGUGUGCCGAUUGGGUGUUUGUCUGUGCACGAUUUUAAGUGAAUACAAACACAUGCAACUUGCAAGCAAUCCCUCUCUCUCUCUCUCUCUCUCUUCUCUCUCCAUAAAACGUGGCGCCUUCGACCCCUCCGUCUGUCGACUCCUUCCACCUCGCUUUCUCCCUCCUCCUCUGUUUCUCUCUCUAAAUCUCUCUGCAUCUUUCUAUAUUGACGCCAACAUAUUGAACAACUCAUAGUGAACUACAUACACACACAUAUAUAUAUAUAUAUACAGAGACACACACGUAGACGAGCUCGCCGGACUUCGAUUCCGGUCGCCGGAGGAGGUCGUCGGAUCUCUGUUUCAGCUGCAAUCAGCACGUUCUAUUCAUUCUCAAUCACGCUUUGAAUCGCCUAGUUGUUAUGAGAAUAGAUAAAAACUGUAGCUGUUUAUGAGGACAUUUAAAUCAUGGAGAUGGAUGAUGAGGAAAAGACGCAGAUUAUUUGAUUGGGGAACAUGCGGAGUCAAAAUGAAGCAACUUCCGUUUAUGGGAAUUAUUUGUACAGUUAUGUUGUUCAUAGUCUAUAGAACUACAAAUUAUCAGUUUCGACAGACAGAGAUAGACAAAAGAUUGAAUCCUUUCUACCCGUGGAAGGAUACUGGUGUGGUGUCUACUACUUUGGAUAGUUUACCUCGUGGCAUCAUUCAAGCCAGGUCGGAUUUGGAGUUAAAACCUCUAUGGUCAAAAAGUAGUUCAAAGUCAAAGGUUAAUGUUUCAAGCUCUCAUAACUUGCUGGCAAUUCCAGUUGGUAUUAAACAAAAAAGUAAUGUUGAUGAUAUUGUUCAAAAGUUUCUUUCAGAGAAUUUUACAAUUAUGUUAUUCCAUUAUGAUGGGAACGUGGAUGGAUGGCGGGAUCUUGAGUGGAGUAAGAAGGCCAUACAUAUAGUUGCUCAUAACCAAACAAAAUGGUGGUUUGCAAAGCGCUUUCUGCAUCCAGCUGUUGUGUCUCUUUACGAUUAUAUUUUUCUUUGGGAUGAGGAUUUGGGCGUAGAGAAUUUUCACCCAGGAAGAUACUUGAAAAUUGUGAAAUCAGAGGGACUGGAGAUAUCUCAGCCAGCUUUAGGCCCAAAUUCAACUGAAAUACAUCACAAAAUUACCGCACGUGUACGAACGAAUAAGUUUCAUCGAAGAAUAUGGGAUGUUAGAGGCAGUGCAAAGUGUACAGAAGACAGCAAGGGGCCACCAUGCACUGGGUUUGUGGAAGGAAUGGCUCCAGUAUUUUCAAGAUCUGCUUGGCAUUGUGCUUGGCAUCUUAUACAGAAUGAUCUUAUUCAUGGAUGGGGAAUGGAUAUGAAACUUGGGUAUUGCGCACAGGGGGACCCAUCAAAAAAUGUGGGAGUUGUUGAUAGUGAAUAUAUUGUUCAUAAAGGAAUACAAACUUUGGGAGGGGCAUCUAGAAAGGCUUCAAGUCCUGAAGAGUCGACAAAGAAACAUACUGUUGAUAUGCGAGUUGAGGUAAGGAGGCAAUCAACAUCGGAGCUUCAAAUAUUUAAAAAGCGCUGGGAACAAGCUGUGGAGGAGGACAAGGACUGGGUUGAUCCGUUUAUAAGAAAGCAAAGACAAGCUGUGCAGGACGACGACAAGAACUGGGUCGAUCCGCUUACAAGAAAGCGAAAACGCACACGACAACAGAACCAAAGACUGCACAUCUGAAUUUUUAGUUUUGAUAUUUUUUAUUUAUUUUUUUUCUUUUCUUACUUCCAUACAUGUAAUUUAGGAGUUGUUUGGGAUUAUCUAAAUAAGUAUAUUUUUUAUCUUUUUACAAAAAGAUGUGUAAAAAAAUAUAGAGGUGAUGUGAUAAAAAAAAGAUAAAAAAAUAAAUUAUUUGAGGUAUGUCAAACUUGACUUUAGUCAUUUAGGCCCAUUGGAUCUCACAAUAAUUGGUUCAUUGAUUUGAGUAGUCAAUGUUCUCCAUUUAAUAGUGAAAUGUGGUUCUCAAAAUAUAUGUA